AACCGGUUUUUGGGAGUCACCUUCAGUCGAAGUUCAAACGCGCACCUUCAAUCAUAGAGCGUAAGCAUUACGCAGCACAUUUGGCGAUAUUUGCUUUUUUUUCGCUCUUCGCAUUCUUUACAUUACAAAGCGUUGAAAAUGGGUGAAACCGCUCCGGAAGUCAAACCAGCCUCACCGCCAGAAUGGGUUACCAGUGCCUAUUUGGAGACGAUUUUGCGCAAAUUCGAAGGGGACAAAGAUUUGCACGUCACCGGCAUGGAGAGCACACCGGUUGGUAAACCGGGCGAAUAUUUGGCCAGCCAGCUGUUUCGUGUCACCGUCCAUUACCGUGGAACCAAGCGGAACGAAACGGAUGGUGGGGAGGGUAGUGCUAAAAAGUUGGUGAUCAAAAUUCAACCCGACAAGGGUGUUAUGGCCGACACGAUGGAUGGUACAUUGUUUAAAACGGAACUGAAAAUGUACGGCGAGAUUCUGCCCAAGAUGGAACGCCUGCUGGCUGACAAUGAACGUCCAGUGCCGCUACCAAAAUGUGUUCAUGUCAGUGCAACGCCCCAACCCAUCAUCGUUCUGGAGGAUCUUGCACCGGACGGUUGGAAGGGACACGAUCUGAUCGAAAGCUUCGAAGAGGUGAAACCAAUCACGAUCUCUAUCGCACGCUUUCAUGCGGCUUCAUUCUAUCUCAGCAAAAACAAGACAGAUUUUGAAGAGUUCCAAACCGACCUGUUCAAAAACAAGCAUCCGGUGCUUGAAUGGAUGUUUGGCAACAAUCUGAAAGCAUUCAUUGAGUCCCUGCGUACCUGGUCCGGUUGCGAACGGUUUGUGGAGCCGUUCGAGCGUGCCUACGCUGACUAUUGCGAUCGGCUGCACGAUAUCUACUGCUGCAAAACACCCGGCCGCCUGUACAAUGUACUGAACCAUGGCGAUUUUCAUGCUAAAAAUCUGCUGCACCAGUUCAACGACGAGGGCGGUAUUGCCGAGUCACGGUUUCUCGACUUUCAGGCCUGCUGUUGGUCUACGCCCGCGAUCGACCUGUACUACCUGCUGAACAAUAUCGUACACUACAAGGUGAAGGCGGCCCACAAGGAGGAGAUCAUUUCCUUCUAUCAUGCCGAGUUUACUGCCGCACUGAAAGCGAUCGGGUACCUGGGCUACAUCCCGACGAUGCUCGAUCUGCAGAUUGAGCUGCUGCGGAACGGGUUCCUUGAUAUUCUGCACUACACCUGCUUCCUACAGUUUCGCUUUUUCGACUUCACCAAAUAUCCCCCGGAAAUGCUUGCCAGCGGGCAGGUGGGUAAUCUGGGGCUGGAGAGUGAGGAGUACCAAACGCUGAUGAAAUCAUUAAUUCCUGGCUAUGUGUACAAAGGACUUUUGGAGUAGCGAUGAGUGAUUUUUCGAAUAUUAUCAUAAGAUUAUAAAACAUUGACACAAUAAAUAAAUUAAAUUGAAGUAAA